GUUAAGGGACUGUGGCAAUAAGGGCUCAUGGUGGGUUGCAUCAAUAGUGUGUAUAAAUGCUUCUUCUCAGCGUCUGACAGUGAGAAGCGGCACAUGGUGUUUGGGAGGCCCCGCCUCCUGCAGCCUCUAUUCCAGUACUGCCUCCUGCACCAGCUGGACUUUGUCAGCGCGUACAGCCAGGCUCUCUUCAUGCCCCUCUGGACCUCAUUCACUCUGUCUAAACCUGCAGAUCUGGACCCCCUUCCUGAGGUCAUCGAGAACUGCUUAAGAGCUGACGUGAGGAUUGCGCCUGACGGCAGCCCCAGCUGUGACCAGUACGCCGUGGCAAGAAACGUCACUCUGGCCUUCCUCUACCCACCCAACCUUAACAGCGUGGCAGAGGGCCAGUAUGACGGCCUGCUCAUGUCCAAUGUUGUUCCCAUGUAUCCAGGCUUCAAGAGUAAGGUCACGCCAUCUGAUGUCAUCUGGUGUAACAUCACCUACCAGUCAUCCGUGCCUCAUUUGUUUUCCCUAUCAGUCACUAACUCCAUCAUAUGUACUUCUUCCAAAACCAACUGUAAUAAAAUAAAAGCAAACAACAAAUAUUUUCCAUUACCAUUUAAAUAUCAUUUAGCUAAAAAGUAAUGAUUUAUCUUAAAUUACCAUGAAAAAAACCUUAUUACAAUGCAUUAUGUAAUAACUUGACAGUGUCAAUGAAGAAUCCAUCUUGAUUGUUUAUUACAUAAUGCACAGUACUACACUUUCAUAAUUAAAACGUGCAACUCCAGCAUUUUGUAAUAACUGCUGCAACAUGUAAUAAUUUAUUACAAAAUGCACAGAAAUGUAUUACAUAUUGCUUUCAAGCUGUCUAUUACAAAAUGCGAUGGAAUAUUACAAAAUGCAAGUAUACAUUACAUAAUGAAGUGAAAAUUUGUUACAUAUUGUCAGGUUACUACACAAUGUGUUGUAACACACCUGGAACAUGUUUUGCCCACUUUAAGCACAUUAAUACAUAAUGUGUACUGUGUAUUCAUGUAGAAUCCUCUAAAGAUAAAGACAGUUUAUCCCUAGAAAUAAACCUUCUAAGCCUUAAACUGAAAAUAAAAAACAAGAAAAUUAAGCAGAAAUAUAUCUUUCAAACAAAAACAAAUAACUAAUAAACCACACUGAAAGCUAACUAAAACUAAAAUGGAUUUCAAAUGAAAAUUGAAAAUAA